AUGCCCAAAAAUAAAGGAAACGGAGGUAAAAACAGAGGUAGACGAAAGAAUGAGAAUGAAUCUGAAAAGCGAGAGCUAGUGUUCAAGGAGGUUGAACAAGAGUCUGCUCAGGUCAUCAAAAUGCUGGGAAACAGACAGAAGCAAUCAAUGUGUUUCGAUGGUGAAAAGAGGCUAUGCCACAUCAGAGGGGAACUGAGGAAAAAGGUUUGGAUAAAUACCUCAGAUGUCAUAUUGGCGGGCCUCCGAGACUACCAGGAUAACAAAGCCGACAUCAUCUUAAAAUACACCGUGGAUGAAGCUAGAAGUCUCAAGGCAUAUGGCGAGCUCCCAGAGCAUGCUAAAAGCAAUAAAACGGAUACAUUUGGUCCUGGAGACGGUGAUGAAAUUCAGUUUGAUGACAUUGGAGAUGAUGAUGAAGACAUUGAUGAUAUCCAAAAUGAACUCAACAGUUUACAUUCCAGUCUUUCUGAAGAGGGUCUUGCAAGUUCAGAAUCUGGCUACAGACUUAAAGGAAAAGUUUUCAUUAUCUUGAUUGUAAUUUGUUGA